AUGCGAAAGUACAAGUAUCUGGUUGAUGAGGGGAAAAAAACGGCAAGUCCCAGCGUUGCAAGUCCUGUGCAUCUACUUUGCACUGGAGGUAUGCUUUGGGCGAAUUCCCUUUUGGUUCCAUCAAAGCUUUUUAAUCUGGACUCAAUGCCACGACAGUACUGGUGCGGGGGCUUAGACCUACAGACAUCAAACAGUUCAUCCAAGUCUCUUGUCUCUGCAGGUGUGUCUGCCGAUCAAGACGUGUUGACUUCUGUUCGAUUCCAGCUCGAGAAGUUAUUCGAGGUUUUCCGCGUGCUUGAAGUACCUUCUCGUGACCCUAUUUCCACUUAUACUAUCGUUCGCCCCCCACCAAGAGGUUGGAGUCACUCCCAGCAGGUCUUCUCCCCAGAACCGCCUUCUACCACCCCCUCUGCUUCCUCUGCCACUAAUCCUACACGCGGUGCCCUCCUCCCUUGUCCCGCUCUAACUGGUUCCUUCUCCCUUCCUCUUAAACCCUCUCCCAUUCCUUCCCAUCCCGCGGAAUACAUGCUCCUUACGCCUCGUGCCCUCUGGCCCGGCGAUUUGACUAGUUUUAGAGAGGUGGGGGGUAACAGCAGUGUCGUAGGCAGCGGAGGUAAUGAGAAAGGAUCCUUCCUCGACCCACACCUUGCUGCAGCCUUGCUUAAACUUUGGUUGCGAGAAAUGGCAACCCCUCUGGUCCCACCCGCAAUGACUGUAGAGGUCUUCGCCGCGGCAGUUGAAGCAGAGUCCUUUGAGAAGUCGGUGGGAGUAGCGACGCUGGGUGCGGAGCCGAUUGAGAAGUGCUGCGCUAUGGUGCGACGUCUGCCGGGCAUUAAUCGCAGAGUGCUGCUUUAUCUCAUCAAGCUGUGCCAGCACUUGGUGCGCCCAGAGAAUGCUUGCACAUCGCUGAUGGACGCGCGCAAUUUGGCCACCGUAAUCGCACCCAAUCUCUUCCGCUCAGCCUCCAAUAAUCCCAGCGAGCUGCUAAAUUCGGUGCAAUCACAGACUACUUUUACGCGUCUCCUCAUUUGCCACCUUAAUGUGGACGCUGAAGCUGCUUUAUUGAACGCCACAGCUCCGGACGCGGCAGUGGAAGCGGACUACGAGGCGGAGACGGUGGCAGAGGAUGUUUCUUGCAACUUUCACCCGCCUCCUCUCUAA